CAUCCAGUUUUCAUUGAGAGGAACCCUCUGUACAGUCAGUGCGCAGGCGCUGUAUGACGGCCUCGGGGUCACGUGUCCCGUGAUCGCCCUGCUGUUUUGUUCGGCAGCCCCAGGCGCUGGACGGACUCAGCUGGCAGGAGGGACGCGGUGUUCGGUGAUGUGCUUAGUCCUGUUAGGCUUAACGGCUAAGCUCGGUAAAUCCUUCAGGAAGCAAGGAUAUGUGAAAUAACGGGAAUAAAAACAAAGUAGCAGUCAUUGUUAAUAAACAGAAGACAGCAGGUGACAGAUUGGCUUACCCCCUCUGUCCCCCUGAGCGUCACCGCACGGUCAGUCCGUUAUACUGAUCAUCAGUCCUUAUAAAUGGGAAUUUAAAUGCCGUGCUGGUGUCUCUGAGUCUCCGUUGUUUAAAAAUGGGCUCGAUACUCAGCCGCAGAAUCGCUGGGGUGGAAGAUGUAGAUAUCCAGGCUAAUUCAGCCUACAGAUACCCGCCUAAGUCUGGAAACUAUUUUGCCAGUCAUUUCUUUAUGGGGGGCGAGAAGUUUGACACGCCCCACCCAGAAGGAUAUCUCUUCGGGGAGAACAUGGACCUUAACUUCCUGGGAAACAGGCCAGUGCAGUUUCCAUACGUGACCCCUGCCCCCCACGAACCUGUGAAGACCCUGAGGAGUCUGGUGAACAUCCGGAAGGACUCCCUGCGCCUGGUCAGGUACAAAGAGGAUGCAGAGGGCCCCCCCGAGGACGGCGCUCAGCCCCGGGUGCAGUACUGCGUCGAGUUCACCUUCGACGCUGAUGCCCGUGUGGCCAUCACCCUUUACUGCCAGGCGCACGAGGAGUUCUCCAACGGCACGGCCAUUUACACCCCGAGGUGUCCCACCAUGAUCUCGGAGACAGUUCACUACAAGCGGGGGGUCAGCCAGCAGUUCUCCCUGCCAUCCUUCAAGAUCGACUUCUCAGAGUGGAGCGAAGAUGAGCUGAACUUCGACCUUGACAGGGGUGUCUUUCCCAUGGUGAUCCACGCCGUCGUGGACGAAGGAGACGAUGGCCUGGGGCAUUCGCACGUUCUGCUGGCCGCUUUCGAGAGACAUGUCGACGGAAGUUUCUCAGUGAAGCCUUUGAAGCAGAAGCAAAUUGUGGACCGGGUCAGCUACCUGCUGCAGGAGAUCUACGGGAUUGAAAACAAGAACAACCAGGAAACAAAGCCAUCGGACGACGAGAACAGCGACAACAGUAACGAGUGUGUGGUGUGCCUGUCGGACCUGCGCGACACCCUCAUCCUGCCCUGCAGACACCUCUGCCUCUGCAACUCCUGCGCAGACACGCUGCGCUACCAGGCCAACAACUGCCCCAUCUGCCGGCUGCCAUUCCGAGCCCUGCUGCAGAUCCGUGCCGUGAAGAAGAAGCCGGGGAGCCUCUCGCCCGUGUCCUUCAGCCCCGUGCUGGCACAGUCCAUGGAGCACGACGACCACUCAAGCGCGGAGAGCGUGCCGCCAGGCUUUGAACCCAUCUCCCUACUGGAGGCGCUCAACGGGCUGCGAGCCGUGUCCCCUGCCGUGCCGUCGGCCCCCCUGUAUGAUGAGUUGGGCUUCUCUGGCGGGCUGGGGGUGGAGCGCUCGCUUAGCUCCCCGGAGCACAUCGGCGACAGCGGUGGCCAGCAGAAUACCAAGGCCAGCAAGUCUCCCGACAGUGCCUCGCUGAGGUCACCGUCAUCCCCGAUCUGCGAGGAGGAUGAGGAGAAGCUGGCAGAGCAGGCGGAAGGGCAGCCUGACACGCUGCGCUCCGGCAGCCCGCCCCCCCAGGAGGUGGCAGCGGCUGAGGAGCCCGUGGGUCCUGUUACCCUGGAUGAAGCUGUUGUUACCACUCUCUGCCCCCCACCCCCAGACGACUGCCCCCGCUCUGCGGGUGAGAUCUUCCAGGACUGCGUGAGCGAGCGCAGUAGCCUGACUAAGCCUGAGAGCACCCCACUGGGGGAGCUGUCCCUCCCAGCGUCCUCAGAGUCCAUGGAGAGUCUGAAGAGCCACAGCACCCGCAGCUCCAGCCAGCCCCUCCUCUGCCCCUCCGGCAGCCUGCGUGUGGAGGACGAGCACCUGGGCCCUUAGUGUGUCCAUGCGCACACACACGCGCUCACACGUAGACUGCCGCCCCCCCCCCUCUGCUGCUUGACCUUCAAUUACACUGAGAUGUGGCUUCCCUGACAGCCCUGCACACUGCUACGGUGUUAAAGGGCCUGCCCCCCCCCAGCCACACCCCAAGCUCCACACUAUGGUACGGAAAUAUUCUCUGGCCCAUUGUUCCCAGUUUGACUUGAAUGGUGACCUGAAGUUCAGAAACCAUGGGUCUGCACCCUGAAAACACUGGCCUCUAACAUCAGUCCUACUACUACUGCUACUAUGACUAUUAUUAUUAUUGUUGUUAUUGUUGUUGUCAUUGUUACCGUUAUUAGUGUCAUUAUGCUGCCCUAUUGUCUCCCAAUAAGGGUCACACUCAAUUAUAAAUGUAUUGAAAUAAAUUGGAAUCGGACCUCAUUUGAACUAAUGAACAUCCGAUGUUACAGUCUUGCCAGUUAUCUGUGUUUGACACUAAACACGUUUCUAAUUUUAUUUAGUUGCAACAUUUCUAACUCGUUCUGGGAAUCAGCGUUAAUAUUGCCUGGGAACUGAGCCACGGCCACUUUUCGCUCUUUCUUGCGGUUGAAGGUGGAUAUUUUUUUGUAAAGUUUCCUUUAAGGAGACGGCGCGGGCGGAGCGCAGUGAUUGACGACGCUCCCUGUGGCCUUAAUGUCAUGUAAUGGGUGUCGGUGGGGAAAUGUGCGAACGCUACGGACCUCAUGCAUGAACGUAUGAUCCCACAGUUACCCGUUAGAUUCCCGAUUACUGUCUCGGGAGGCUGUUCUGCUUGUUAAUAUGGUACCAAUUUAGCGGCGUUUCUUUGUAACCGUGUUCGGAGCAGAACCGCGAUAACGUGAUACCGUCGGUUCACCUUAGAGAAGCCCGGAUCCAAAGAGCGCAGCUGGGCUCUGCUUGCUUCGGGGACCUUUGGGCUGCAUGCUCCCGCUCCUCCUUUUCUCCUGUUCCAGGCACCUUCGAGCUAUACGAUCCUGCUCCCCCUUUUUAGGUGAUCUCGUUUUUACUGCGAUCGGAGCGUAAUUUACGCAAUUAAAGCGACUGGUGCCCUCUGCCUUCAGAUGUUACGCGUGCGUCAUGGUAUAACGCCAGAAAUACAGGUUCUAGUUCAGGUGUUUGGAUAAGUGACUUAAAACAUUUCCAUUUACAGGAACCCCGUUUAACGACGCUUUAAUAUUACCUUAUCUAGUUGAGGUAUCUGUUGUUUAAUGCAUUAAAAAUAUGAAGUCGUCUGGGUGCCGCCGCUCCUCUACAGAUUAGGCGGCCUUUGCCUUUGCUUUAGUCUGGUUAACUCGCUCGUGUCUGUUAUAAGCAACAUGUCGGGAUGUUCUUGAGCAGCCUAAUCAGCUGGGCCCCCAGGGGCCUCCUCUGUUAAAUUUAAAACCUCCUCCUCCGCUUCUCUGCAUAUUUAUCUGUGCCUUGUGUGUCUUCAGCGUUAGUUACUGACCUGGUAUCCAGGAGAGCGCCCUGCUCGUUACUCAUAAUUUCAAUCGCAAAUUAAAAUAUUUAAUUUGCAGCACUACAUAAAUAAUGGAAAACUGGAUUGGUGACCAGUAAAUACUCAUGUCUGUGCCAUCAUUGCUUUGAACACUAAAUACGCACCUUGCUGUUAUAACUUCUGUGCGAUGCAAUGUUUGCAGAAUGUGUAUAGACUAUAAGGAAAUCACGGUCUAGGUCAUUAUGCAGCGUUAGGUGAAAUUUCCGGAGAUUAUUGUAUAAAAUGCCUAAUUUUACUGGAGCACUUGUACAUUCAGUUAUGUAUAUUGUAAAGUAAUCGCAUCUUCGAGAGUAGUUAAAUGCAGUUGCUGCACAGACUUGUAUAAAGUUUGUCUUGCUGAAUAGGUAGAAAAUUGUCUCGCAAUUACAACCGCUCAAAUAAUUCACUGAACUCAGAUGGUCUAUUAGUUGUAAUAUUUGACAUAUGCAGACGUUUCGUAUAUGAUCAUGGCCAUUUCGUUGUGUAAAUGUAACGAUUACGGUGAAUAUUCCAGUUUUAGAUGAUUAAUUGUGUCUGUUUAUUUCGAUAUGACUUUUAAAUCACAUCUUGUUGGUUAUUCGCUUUCAAAGAUAAAAGGCAAUGUCUUUGAAUAUGUUCUUGGUGCGAAUUAGAUGGGCGUAAUCUCUACAUGAAUGAUCCACACUGUAAAAUGUGAAGUCUGCGUAAUGAAAAUGUGCGGAUUCGGUGUCCUGAGCCCUUAAUUUAUCUUGUCCUCGUCCAUUUCCAAACAGGCUAACAAUAAAGGAAUAUAUGUAUUAUGUAA